UGGUUACGGUUAUUAUACCUAGUUGUAAUAGUGUGAAGUAGUUGUAGCACGUGCAGUCUCUCGUAUUCCGUGUUGUUUAAUACCUAAUAUUGUAGUGUUUCUUUGCUAUUACUUUCUUGGUUUAGAGAGUUUCGUAGAUACAGAAGAGCUACGAUUAUCAACGUCAUCUGGAAGCUAUAAAAGUAGGGAAUAGUCAUUUUAUCCGCUGGUGGAAUUCCCACCGCGAUUUCACAACCAUUAAGUAAGAAUAAAAAACGUGGCAGCAACUUCACGAUAGGAUAAAAAGAUACGACUGCAUACCAAAGGUAGGAUACGUUAAGGUCAAGCAAGGUCGUGGCGGGGACCUCCUUGAGUCACCCACAUCUUAAAAUGAGAGCGCAAUUUGCACUUCGUGGAGAAUAAACGGGACUAUUUUAUCCGACAAUGAAAGUCCUCACAUUUGUUCUGAUAUUACCAGUAUGCCUUUCCCUGGAAUCCCAGCCAGUAAAGAAAAGCUACGUCUGCCCGCCAAGGUUCAUGCGGCAAGGCCACCGAUGUUACUAUUUUAGCAAAAAUCCAGCGACGUGGAACGAUGCCCUGUUCAAGUGCAGAGACCUCAGGAGUCAUCUGGCCAUCAUCAAAACCGCCUACCAGGAUAAGCUGAUACGAAAUGUACUUAAUAGGAAGCCAGUAGAACCAAAAGAAAGGUGGUUAGGCGGUGUGUAUGACUGGGAGGCAAUGCAGUGGAAAUGGGGGGAAAACGGCAAGCACAUAUCCUACAGCGGUUUUCUGAAGAGCGGACGAGAAGACAAAAAUAAGCUGCGGUGGCAUUGUAUUAUAAUGGAUCCCGCAAUAGGAUACAGGUGGAACGCCCGUCAAUGCGUGGAGCAAAAGCACUUCAUAUGCCACACGAAAAUGAGGGUGAUAUCCAACAACAAAGAGAAGAAGAAGCUCCAGAGACAGUACAACGUGAAUAAGUACAACAAGCUGAACGAAAUACCAGUACCGGAGAUACCGGAAUACGGGAACGGUACUCAAAGCAGUACCAUUGCCACGUUAAAGUCCAACGUCCCCAUUACCUACCAAUUCGAGAUAAACCAGCAUCUGAACGACCAAGCUCUGAUAGGAUUCGCCCCGGCAGAGCAGAAACGAAAACCCCGCAAGAACAAGAAGAAACAGAAGAGAACGAAUCUCGCGCAGUACCGCAAUGGUACCGUGGUGGAAACGUCCAAGAAGAAGAAGAACAGGAGGAAGAAAUACAGGAAGAAUGAACUAGAUGCCGAUGGAGAGCCGACAUCUAUUAAGAAUGUCCGAUGGAGGACGUAUAGGGAGAAGGGAACCUUGGUGGAUCCUAAUUAUCCCAGACCGAUUGUGGAGGAGUACAUGAAAUAUGUUGAGCCAUAAGGAACUCUUCAAUAAUUGUGUUCGAGAGAAAAAAUGCGCAUAGAGCCGAACAGUUGGAAACAGCCGUAGAAAAAAUACUUGACUAAAUGACAACCACUAGGCGUUUAUAGUAAUAAUCGCUUUUCGAAUCAUCAGAUUUCAACUUGUCAUAAUCGAAAAAGUAUCCUCUUUUGCAUUGUCUGCGAACUUUUUAUUGUAUUGACGCGCAGUGGAAUUUUUUUAAAUAUCCUUGGACAUUCUUCUCGAACUGUAGCCUCAAAAUGGUAGUAGCGUUCCAAGAAAUGCAAAAGCAGAAUAUAUCGCAUUAACAGUUAUUUCUGAACCAUUACAAUUCUUGUUUUUACUAUGACAACCAAGAGGCGAUUUGUAACCCUGAGGUUUGAGUUCCACCAUUACAAUGGGUGAUAUGCAUAAAGGCGAGUGGCUACUUUUGACUCGCAUUUUUAAAGUAGCCACUCCGUUUGAUAUGCAUAAAAUUGUAAGUAGAAGCUCACACUCAUAAGUUUCUACUCUUUCCGUGAGGCUGUACUCGCUCCUUGAGUGCCGACUUUAAUUUUUAUAUCUAUGCAUAAAAGCGAGCGUCCACUCCGACCGCUGAGUACAUACUUAAAGAAAUGCGAGAUACCUUAGUAGUAGACUCAGCUUUAUAAGAAGUGGAUGUCUUCACAAAAUGGCCGAAUUUAUGCCUAUUUAUCAGCCUACGAAGGUGUUUGAAGAUCGUAGGAAAUCAAGGAAAGUAGACUAUCGGGCUUUAUAUCGGUUUUGUAAAGUUAAAAUAAGUAAGUUUAAUAAGUAACCAGUCUUUAUGUUUUGAAUCUUCUUCCAAAUCUGCCCUUCAUUAUAUUUAACUCCUAAUUCUGCUUCUACCUUUUCUUUCAUUUCUUCAACCGCCUUACGGCGUUUAUUUUUGAUUUCCGGGAUGUUUAAUUAUAUUAACAAAUACUGUUUGAUCUUCAGAUGAAUGGUCUUCAGAAUAGGUUGACAUCAUGUAAAUGAACAAAUAAUAAUCGACCUAAAUACCACCGACACAAACGUUUACCGGUAUACAGUAGUAACUGCUCGCAAUAGAGAAAUUGCCAAUUCGGCGAGACAACAAAAUACAAGUCGGAACUCGAAAACCAGAGUGCCUACUCAAGUAUUUCAUUAGAACUUGAGUAGCCUCUCCGUUUCUCGAUAAAUAUUUUAUGCAUAUCAAAACCGAGUAGGCUCUCCGUAACAGGAGUAGUUACUCGCUAUAAUAUGGAGUCGCUACUUCUGAGAACCCACUCACCUUUAUGCAUAUCACCCAAUAAGUACUCACUCUCAAGGAAAAUUAUUAUAGACCGUCAUUGUUUGGUUCUUCCUCUUCAAUAACUCGAGAUCCUCUCCAGACCGUUGAUUAAUGUAUCUUACCUGAAGGUAGCCAACCUAAUGCUAUAUAUCCGCGUCCAAAAAAUUAUUUGAGAUAAAAUAAAAUACCAAAGCGUCAUCUUUGAGACUUUGCUACAGCUAUUUCUCUACUUACUGUAUAGUAUAUACUUUGAAAGGAUUGUGACGAGCCAAGGGUGGCGGAAGGCAACCCUUCACUUGUUCAUCCAAGGGUUUAGCUUGCUAAUAAAGGAAACACAUAAUUCUUUUCACCUUUUAAUGGAAAACUCCCUUUAAAUUUGAUAACAGACAACAGUCUAAAGAAUCCGGCCCUUCCCAGAAAACUGGAAAUUUGCUCAUGUCCAGCCCAUCCCAGAAAAAGGAUCUAAGACCGACCCUUACUACAGGCCUGUAGCUCUGCUUUCUGUUAUAAGUAAGGUGAUGAAGAGGUGCAUAAAACGCGAGCUUCUGGACUACAUCGAACGUCACGGCUUGAUUAGCGACAGGCAGUAUGGUUUCCGGCACCAGCGAUCCACAGGAGACCUCCUAGCUUAGGUCACGCAAUUGAGGAGUAGACUCAUCCAGGCUCAUGGUGAGGCCCAUAUCGAUGCUCUUGAUAUCACGAAAGCGUCCGAUCAGCUGUGACAAGCUGCCCUCUUAUGCAAACUUCAAUCCUUGCUUUGCAGAUGUGUGGCUGACAUUCUCUCUGGCCGCAGGAUAUCCGUCGUAAUUGACGGGUUCUCGUCUUCAUCCCACAACAUCAACGCGGGUGUUUCCCAGGGAUCGGUCUUCGAACCGACACUGUUUCUCUUAAAUAUUAACGACCUUCCUUCCUGUACGAUCAACCCAAUUCACAGCUUCGCUGAUGACAGCACUCUACAUGCAAUUUCCUUGGGAUCCUCAUAGCAGCCGCGGUGUCCCGGCAUUUAGGCUUCUGACUGCUUCGGUAUAAAAAACAAUAUAUAUAAUAUAAGUGUUUUACAAAAAAAUAGCCUGCCUGCGUAUCGAAUCAUCGCGCAAAAUAAAGUAUCAGUGUAAAUAAUUAUUCCGUAAACUAAACUUGUGAGCCCACUCUAAAAGUCUGGGAUGACCUUAAAUAGGCUUGUCUUGCUUAACAGGAACUCAAUUUAUAGCCCCUUGGAUGAAAAAUAAGAUCCGAAUUAUGAUCGUCUCUAGCCGCUAGCGCAAUAUAAGCCCCCCUCUUAGUUAUAUCCCAGGAAGCAAAGAUAGUUACCUCGUUAAGCACCCCAGGGCCUUGAAGAUUCUCUAUUCGUGAGUACAUAGAAAUAUGGGAUCUGGAUGCCCAUUCACUCUCUUACGCUGAAUAUGUUAGUCGAGCCUUUUGAAUUGAGAUGUGUGGUCUCGCUUUCGAGCCACAGUCCUGACGUAAUAGGACAUUAUGUGAUAGUAAUGCCGUUGCAAGGUUAAUGUCUCAUGGAUGGCACAGUAGCCACCUAAAUGCUUGAGACACUAACCUUUUCAAAGUAUAUCUAGUAAAUAGAGAAACAGCCGUGACAAAUUUUCAUAAAUAAUGCUAUGGUAUCUCAUUUUAUUUCGAAUAAUUUCUUGGACGUGGUCAACUUCUGUACUUUUGUGAUGUGCCAGCAUAAUAUUCGAUGUAUGUACGUGUAUAUGGAUACAGUAUUACUAGCACUAAGCGCGAAAACUUUUGCUUAUGGAAAACAUAAAAUAUGAACUGUUUUGAAUGGUAACAAAUUUUUUCACGUAAAUAAGGUAUUUAUUUUUGUUUUCAGAAUUUGGUUUGCGUAUACGUAUCUACACCAAAAGAUGUAUGUUAAGACGUAUUACAUGAGGUGCUAUAGCUUUAAGUGUGUUACUUAGUAGAUGGCAAAUAGCCUGACAAUGGUUACAGUUGUGGUAGGGUGGAAAAGUUCGAUAAAAUGUGAUGUUUGAUUUCCCACGUCACUCGGUGCAUUGUAAUUGUGAAAUAUUCCUAAAUCGAGAUAUUACGUUUUCUAUACGCAACAUCUCACGGAAUACCAUGUAACUCAAUACCUUGAUCUAACUGCCGACUGAGAUUUCAACGCUCAGUUACUAGCAUGUAAAAACAAAAAAAAAGUGUAUAGAAUGGCCCAAUAAGUGCAAAUUAAAAAUUUCAGAUCAACCCCUUGUUCAUGUUUUCGAUUACUUCAAAGUGUAGUGAAAAAAAUUGAGGAUCCAAAAAGUUCAUGUCAACUUUUAAAUUGUCUUCCCAUAACUGUGACCCUCACAGCCUAGGUUUUAAGCUGUAUUUUUAUUUUUCGUUUUCUUCCUCCUUGUAACAAACUGUAUAUACUAUAUUUAUUUAUUUUUCUUGUUCUUGCUUUUUAUACGAUUACCGAUACCACUUUGAUUAAAAGUCAAUAAAGUUGUUAUUGUACA